GAUAGUUGCACACAUUUCUAGACAACAUAACUCUAUUAAACACUUACAUGAUCAUCUAAUUAUAGCCAUUCCUCAACAAAAACAUUGUCUGAUUUGCUGCUAAUUUUGCAAAAUUUUGGUGAAAAAUGGAGGAAACCACAGACAUUCUCAUUGUAGGAGCAGGAAUUUCUGGUCUUGCUACUGCUUUAGCUCUUCAUAGAUUGGGAAUAAGGAGUUUGGUAUUAGAAUCAUCAGAUACAUUGAGAGCAGCUGGGAUUGCCUUUACUACUUGGACUAAUGCUUGGAGGGCUUUGGAUGCUCUUGGAAUUGCUGAUUCUCUUAGACAACAACAUGGCCAGCUAUUUGGGAUAUAUACUUCAUCAACAGUCACAGGAAAUUUGACUUCACACGUUUCAUUUACAAACAAAGGAACAUACGGAGAUCAUGAAGUUAGAUGUGUAAAAAGAAAAGCUUUAUUAGAAGCACUUGCAAAAGAAUUACCAAAUGACACAAUAAGGUAUUCAUCUAAGCUGGUUUCUAUCGAAGAUUUAGGCUUCUUAAAACUUGUGCACCUUGCUGAUGGUUCUACCCUUAAAACUAAGGUCUUGUUAGGGUGUGAUGGAGUGACUUCAGUGGUGGCUAAGUGGCUCGGAUUCAAGCAACCAUCAUUAACCGGAAGAUCCGCCAUAAGGGGUUGUGCAUACUACCAUAAAGGCCAUGAUUUUGAGCCAAAUUUUCAACAGUUCGUAGGAAAUGGUGUUAGAUACGGUAUUGUUCCUUGUGAUGACAAUGCUGUUUAUUGGUUUUUCACCUGGUCUCCAUCACCUCAAGAAAACAGACAACUACUAGAAGCUGAUCAACAAAAACUAAAGCAAUUUGUGUUGAGCAAACUUGGGAAGGUACCCAAACAAAUUAGGGCAGUAAUAGAAGACACAAAUGUACAAGAAAUAGUACGUUCUCCACUAGGGUAUAGGCCUCCUUUAGAGAUUCUAUUUGGGAACAUAAGUAAAGACAAUGUAUGUGUAUUAGGUGAUGCAUGUCAUCCCAUGACACCAGAUCUAGGCCAAGGUGGGUGUUCUGCUUUAGAAGAUGGUGUCAUAUUAGCAAGAUGUCUAGGGGAUGCAUUUUUUGUGUCAAAUCAACACUCGGGUUUUGAAAACGAUGAUGAAUACACGUACGAGAGGAUUAAAAUCGGGUUGAAUAAUUACGCAAAAACGAGGAGAUGGAGAGGAUUUGAAUUGAUUAGUACUGGGUAUUGGUUGGGUUGGAUACAAGAGUUUGACUUGUUUGGAAUGAGGUUUUUGAGGGAUAAUUUUCUUUCGGUCUUUCUUUCUGGGUUGUUUCUUAAGAAAGCUGAUGUUGAUCCUAAGGAACUUAAACUUUGAUGCUGAAUUGUGGUGGGUUUUAAGCUGACAAUUCGAGAAUUCAAACAAAAAUAAUUAAUAAGUUGAUCAAGAUUUGAACUCUCUAACGUCACCUUAUGUAGUUUUAUAUUAAUUAUUACGUACCCUAAAAUUUUGGGGGCCAAAUAUAUAUUGACCAAAUGUUCUAUCCCCUUAUAGCUAUCAAAUGCAACAUGUAAUAUAGAAGUAUAUGUUUAUGUUCUUUUUAGAUUGAUGCUUGAAUUUAUAGUUUGAUAUUUCAAUGUUA